GUAAAUAAUGAUAAGAGAGGUAAUUUGGCAAUUUAUUUUUGAAAAAUAUUUAAUUAUGGCAAUGAAAAACGCAUACGUGGAUCGAUUUCCUGUUUUAAUCAAAAUUGGAACUUACGAUUUCAUUCCUCAUCUGUUACAAACUGAAUGAAUUACUUGGAAUAAUUUUCAACGCAGUAAAAUAACCGAUCAGUUGUUCUGAAACUUGCUAUUUUUAGAUAUUCAGUUCGUCUAUCGUUUCAUGAAGUAAUCGUAAAAUGGCUUCAGGAGACACAAAUUCUACCUCAAAUUCCACCAAAGUUGCUCUGAUCACAGGAAUCACCGGCCAAGAUGGUUCGUACCUGGCAGAAUUACUUUUAGAAAAAGGAUACUUCGUACAUGGGAUUAUUCGUCGUGCGAGUACCUUUAAUACCGGCAGAAUCGAGCAUUUAUAUUCUAACCCAUACGCGCACAAAGGAGGAAAAAUGAAAUUACAUUACGGCGAUAUGACCGAUAGUAGCAGUUUAGUUCGAAUAAUCUGCGAAGUCCAACCCACAGAAAUAUAUAAUUUAGCCGCACAAAGUCACGUUAAAGUUUCAUUCGAACUAAGCGAAUAUACAGCCGAAGUUGACGCCGUCGGUACGUUACGAUUACUAGACGCAAUCCGAACCAGUAAACUCGUAUCUCAGAUCAAAUUUUACCAAGCUUCCACCUCGGAAUUAUAUGGAAAAGUUUUAGAAACACCUCAAAAAGAAACUACUCCAUUUUAUCCCAGAUCUCCUUACGCUGUUGCCAAACUGUACGGAUAUUGGGCGACGGUCAAUUACAGAGAAGCGUACAAAAUGUUCGCUUGUAAUGGCAUUUUAUUCAAUCACGAAAGUCCUAGAAGAGGUGAAAACUUCGUUACUCGAAAAAUAACUCGUUCAGUGGCAAAAAUAACGCUCGGUAUAAUUGAAGAUUUCGAGUUGGGUAAUCUGGAUUCGAAAAGAGACUGGGGACAUGCCAAAGAUUACGUAGAGGCUAUGUGGUUAAUGCUGCAAGAAGAUGAACCGAGUGAUUACGUUAUUGCUACCGGCGAAACACAUAGCGUCAGAGAAUUUGUCGAAGCUGCGUUUGAUUAUGUCAAAAGACCAAUCAUUUGGAAAGGUUCGGGCGUAGAUGAAGUAGGAAUUGAAAAAGAUACCGGCACCGUUAGAGUGCGCAUUAAUCCUAAAUUUUUCCGACCCACUGAAGUGGAUCUUUUACAUGGCGAUCCAUCCAAAGCGAGAGAAAAAUUUGGAUGGAAACCUAAAGUCAGUUUUUUGGAUCUCGUCAAAGAUAUGAUGGAAGCUGAUUUAAAACUGAUGAAAAGAAAUCCCGAAGCUUGAGUUGCAGAAAACGAAAUCAAUUAACGUUGAGGAACUCGAUCAUUUUCGAUUAUUAAUCGUUCGAAACGAUGAAAUAAAAUAACUGGCGUUUCGAAUUUCGCGAUUGAAGUUCGGCUGUACAUGAGUAUAAUCGCUGAAAAUUAUUUAAUGGAUAAAAUUUUGUCUCGAAUUACUCGAUGUUUGUACAACGUCACAUUCUCAUAACGAACAAAAAUGUUACCCAACGAUCGUAAAAAAUAUUCGAUGGUAAAUUUACCUCUUGUAAAUGAAAUACUUUUUUAAGGCGAAAUACAUUUUUAAAUGUUACGAUUAUACCUAAGUUAAUUUAACUGGGAAAUUAAUUUUAUCCUGGUACAUUGAUUGUUACUUUAUUAUACAAACGUACCUACCUAUUAUUAUUCAAGAUACUCGUAUUUUGUACUAUUGAUACUCAUUAAAUUUUUACAACAUGUUGUUUUAUA